AUGGGCGCGUCCUCAAAUACAGCCGAGCUGCUGUUGCGUGUCUGCGCAGACAUCGCAGCACAGCUCGUUGAUGCUCACGAGCGCUCAGCAUCCGUUUCGUUGAAUCAAAUCCGCACAACAACGUGCAAAAGACAUGGCUACAAUGGUGUUCCGAGGCUCACCGACAUCAUCGCUGCUGUUCCGGAAGCGUAUCGCAAAGCGCUCGUACCUGCGCUCAAGGCUAAACCUGUACGAAGUGCCUCGGGUAUCGCCGUGGUGGCCGUCAUGUGCAAGCCACAUCGCUGCCCUCAUAUCGCACUCACCGGCAACAUCUGUGUCUACUGCCCUGGUGGCCCCGACUCCGACUUUGAGUACAGCACUCAAUCUUACACCGGAUACGAGCCAACAUCCAUGCGAGCCAUUCGAGCUCGAUACGACCCCUACGAGCAAUCCAAGAACCGUGUGCAGCAGCUUCGCGAGCUUGGCCACAGCGUAGACAAGGUCGAGUACAUCAUCAUGGGUGGCACAUUCAUGUCGCUAUCCGAAACAUACCGUAAUCAGUUCAUCGCUCAACUUCACAAUGCCCUCAGCGGCUUUAAUGGCCAAGACGUAGACGAAGCGGUCAAGUACUCGGAGAGAGCACUCACCAAGUGCAUCGGCAUCACCAUUGAGACGCGCCCCGACUACUGCUUGAGGCCACAUCUAUCUCAGAUGCUCCGUUACGGCUGCACACGUCUCGAGAUUGGGGUUCAAUCCGUCUACGAGGACGUGGCGAGGGAUACCAACCGAGGACAUACCGUCAAGGCCGUGUGCGAGACGUUUCAGCUUGCCAAAGAUGCUGGCUACAAGAUCGUCGCACAUAUGAUGCCAGACCUACCCAACGUUGGCGUCGAGCGUGAUAUGGAGCAGUUCAAGGAAUACUUUGAGAAUCCGGCUUUCCGCACUGAUGGUCUCAAGCUCUAUCCUACUCUCGUCAUCCGUGGCACAGGUCUCUACGAGCUAUGGAGGACGGGUCGAUACAAGAAUUACACACCGUCGUUCUUGGUCGAUCUCGUCGCACGAAUCCUGGCGCUGGUACCACCCUGGACGCGAGUCUAUCGUGUACAGCGUGACAUUCCCAUGCCGCUCGUCUCGUCCGGUGUCGAGAACGGUAAUUUGCGAGAAUUGGCCUUGGAGCGUAUGCGCGACUUUGGUGUCACCUGUCGCGAUGUUCGAUAUCGCGAGGUCGGACUGCACGAGAUUCACACCAAGGUGCGACCAGACGAGGUCGAAUUCAUUCGUCGUGACUACACCGCCAACGGCGGUUGGGAAUCGUUCCUCGCAUACGAAGAUCCGGAAAAGGACAUCCUUAUCGCACUGUUGCGUCUGCGAAAGUGUUCGGCUGCCGGAACGUACCGACCUGAACUGAUAAAGGAUGGCCAAUGCUCGAUCGUCCGCGAGCUGCAUACGUAUGGCAGCGCAGUGCCUAUUCACUCCAGAGAUCCAACUAAGUUCCAACAUCAGGGGUUCGGUACGCUGCUUAUGGAACAGGCCGAACGCAUCGCUCGCGACGAGCAUGGAUCGCGCAAGCUGGCCGUUAUUUCGGGUGUUGGCACUCGAGACUAUUACAGGAGAUUGGGUUACGAGCUCGAGGGCCCCUACAUGGUCAAGAUGCUCGUGGACGAGCUUGGCGAGGCUGAUGCCCCCGACGUUGACAGGUUCGAAUCCGAGUUCUACUAUUGA